CUUCCACCUUGAAAAAGUAACAGCUUUGUAUUCUUGGACUACUGCUUAUCUCUAUCUCUAUAUCCUUUCACUCUCUCUUCUCUCUCUCUCACACACUCAAACACACACACACACACACACACACACACACACAGAGACAGUGAUAUGUAUAUAUAUGAGUGUGAAGUAAAAAAGAAUGGAAUCUGAAAGUGUAGUUAAUUGACAAGAGAAGUAGUAAUACUAUUACUAUGUUGUUAUUUAUGUUUGUUUUUGUGGUAGCAUUAAAUAGAUGCUGCAUUAAUGGGGAAAAUAUUGAAUAUGAAUAUGAUAGAGUAAUAAAAUUAGCAGGUCAACCAAUUAAUAAGAAUAUAUCACAGUUCUCAGGGUACAUUACAGUUAAUGAAUCUCAUGGCAGAGCCCUUUUCUAUUGGUUCUUUCCAGCUCAAUCUCAACCAAUCAACAACCCUCUACUCCUCUGGCUCAAUGGAGGGCCUGGUUGCUCAUCAAUUGGUUAUGGAGCAGCUGUGGAGUUGGGUCCUCUCAGGGUUGGUAAAAAUGGAGCUAAUCUUGAAUUUAAUCCCCAUUCUUGGAAUAAAGAGGCAAAUUUGCUGUUUGUGGAAUCUCCAAUUGGAGUUGGAUUCUCAUACACCAACACCUCUUCCGAUUUCGCCCUUAUAGACGACGAAUUCGUCGCUGAGGACACUUACAAUUUUUUGGUAAAUUGGCUGAAUAAAUUCCCACAUUUCAAGAAUCAUGAUUUUUUCAUUUCAGGAGAGAGUUAUGCAGGUCAUUACGUACCUCAGCUCGCCGAACUCAUUUAUGACAGAAACAAUAACAGAAAUAAAUAUCCUUACAUCAACCUCAAAGGCUUCAUAGUAGGUAAUCCCGAAACAAAUGAUUACUUCGAUUACAAAGGAUUGCUCGAGUAUGCUUGGAGCCAUUCAGUUAUAUCAGAUCAAGAUUAUGAUAACGCAGUAAAAUCGUGCGAUUUCAUGAUCGAGAAUUGGUCCACUGCAUGCGUAAAUGCAAUGACUAUAGUAUUUAAUCGAUACAAGGAGAUUGAUAUAUACGAUAUAUACGCCCCUUCGUGUCGUCUCAACAUUACCUCGUCGUUCACCUAUGAUAUGGCCACCGAAAUAUACGACUUCUCAAAUACUAAGGCACAAACGAGUCGAAUGUGGGGAAGAAUGAAAGUGGGCCCGGGGGGCUACGACCCCUGCUACUCUAAAUACGCAGAAGCAUACUUCAACAAGAUCGAAGUUCAAAAAGCUCUACAUGUGACGAGUGGUCGCGUGAAAUGGACCGUUUGCAACGAUUCGGUGUUUAGAACGUACAACUACACCGUAUUUUCCGUCUUGCCUAUAUACAAAAAACUCAUCAAAGGAGGCCUCAAGAUUUGGAUGUAUAGUGGAGAUGCAGAUGGUAGAGUACCGGUUAUAGGAACAAGAUACUGCGUGGAAGCAAUGGGAUUGACAAUCAAGAAACCAUGGACUUCUUGGUUCUACAAUAAUCAGGUGGCAGGGAGGGUGGUAGAGUAUCAAGGGUUGACAUUAGUGACAAUAAGAGGAGCAGGUCAUCUUGUGCCUCUAAACAAGCCUAAUGAAGCUCUUGCUCUUAUUCAUGCUUACUUGUCGAAUCACCCUCUUUCGACACGUCGAUGAAGUCUUUCUUAAGAGUUUUUCCGUUGGUUUUUUUAGGCGGCACCACCAGUUCUCCGGCGGCGGUGACUGCCGGAGAAAUGAGGUGGAAUCCGUUUGUGGAAAUGUAGUUGAGGUAAUGAGGUUGAUCAUGUAAUCUUUGUUUGGAUAAUUAUAUUUUCCAACAUAAUUCUCCUAUAACAAGUUGUAUUUUAUUUCA